AUGGCAGACGGACGUAGUGCCCCCGUCGCAAGAGCGACUUCGGAGUCUCUUUCCCAACGCCAGAUCGAUAUCGUCAUCGCCCUUGAGAGAGUCGGCGCUAGCUUGUCAUUGAUAGGCGUCACUUUGAUAUUCAUCAUUUAUUGGGCCUUCAAGCCAAUUCGAACUGUACCGAAUCUUUUUAUACUUUUUGCCUCCAUUGCCAACAUCGGUGCGAGCAUCGCCUGUGCCAUAGGAUAUGAUGGACUCCGUAUCGGUGAGGCCUCAGCUUUGUGCCAGGUUCAGGCGUUCCUCCUUGAAAUGUUCAUGCAGUCCGAUCCCUGGUGGUCUUUUGCCAUGGCCAUCAACGUCUACCUUGUUUUCUUUGCUGGCGCCAAUCCGUCCUCAUUUCGCCAACAUGUCUGGGUUUACUGUGUGAUAUGCUUUGGUUUCCCCUUCAUACCUGCCAUCUGUUUACUCCUUGUCCGACCUGAUGGGCCCCAUGAUUUGAUUUAUGGUGAUGCUACUCUAUGGUGCUGGAUCAACUCAAAAUGGAGUGCCCUUCGCAUCUAUACCUACUAUAUACCCAUUUGGUGCUGCAUAUUUGGCUCUUGCGUCAUUUAUUUCGCCGUCGGCUAUCAUGUAUUUCAUCAACGCAAUCAACUUCGAAACGUGACUUUCAGCAACCCCACGAAAGACGGCAGAGACAACUCGUGUGGGGACGGUCGUGAUUCUGCAGAAAAGGUACAUACCCUGUCACUCGAAGCCAUCCCGGAUGACUGGCCCCUCGUUGACACAUCUCAGAACCUCACCACCCGGACCGAAUCCUACGGUACUGCUUUGACAGAGGUGCAAGUCACCAUAAGCACUCCAAGGUUCUACUCACCGCCUCAGGCCCCAUCUUCUGCGAUGUCCAGAAACUUUAUUGAUCAGCAAGCCCGAAAUCAACGGUCGUGGCGUACGAGCGAUGAACUUGAGGGGCCUCCAAGCAGUCCACGUUUUGAAACAACAUGCACUUCUAGUCCUCCUCCACCGGAGCCACGCCGCUCUCUUCUCGAACGUGUCAGCUCUGUCAAGGGAAAAUUCUCAGCUCGCUUGAAGAGCAUAGACCCUAUUAAACUUGCGUACCUCCGAACAAGUUUCAUAUUCGCCAUCUCCGUAUUUGUGACCUGGACUCCGAGCUCUAUCAACCGAGUGUACAACCUUAUUAGACCCGGCGAAAUCAGCUUCGGUUUAAAUGUCGCCAGCGCCGCAGUACUUCCACUUCAAGGUGUCUGGAACGCUUUCAUUUUCUUCAUAACCAGUUGGUCAACUUUUAAGAAAGAAUGGACCGAGAUGCGAUAUCGACAUCAAGGUCGUCGACUCGGAAGCAGCGCCGACAGCCACCUUGACGGGAGGAGAAUCGAAGUCAUUCGCGAUGAAAGACGAACCUGGCACAGCACCAGCCACUGUGGGCACACAAAGGCCGUUGGUAGCGACCAGACCAGCGAGUUUGAGCUGAAUACUUCCCCGGCAGUUAGGAACAUUCGUGCGAUGCGGGGAUCAUUCAGUAUUUGA